UCCAUAACCCAACCGCUUGGACCAGGGGACUUUCUUCCCGAGCACUACAGUUUCCUCUUUAUUUUUUGCAUUCCCCUGAUCGCUAAAAGAUUCCCAACGCAAAAUUUGACUUUCUGAUUCAUCCAUCUCCGAGGUACCUUUGAAACUCAUAUCGUCCUAACUGACAUUGUAAUUUAGUUUAUUUACUUGUCGAACAGUUUCGUCUCUUAUUAGCUCUCCUGGGUCUUAGGUCGAUCACAUUUUAGUUCUCAAUUAAUUUCUUUGAAUUCAUUAUUUUACAAGCUAUUUCCCGUUACCUGUUUCAGAUUCUUCUUGUAUUUUGUUCUCAAUCUUCUCCUUUCUCAAGUUCAAUUGUUCGGAAUAUCUAGGGUCGACUGCUAGGGUUUCUUUUCUAGCCACUCAUUGAUUUGUUUUUAGGCUUUUAGGUUUUCCUCCAUUUUUUCUUCAGAUUAAGAUUUCUAGGUGAAAAAACUUUUGUAGGUUUUAAGUUGUUGGGAGUUUUUGCCUUUGGGGAUUUGAGUUUUCAACUCUUGAAUUCAAAUUUAGGAGUCAGAUUUUUGUUUUAUGGCAUUUGAAUGCCAAGACGGUCCUGAGGUUUCUAAGAAGCUGGUAGAUUGUGUUCAAAAUCCUUGUGCAAAUCACACUGGAUCUAAUCAGUUCACUUCCAUACCCAAAACCGAAAAAACUUCACUUGUAAGUAGCGAAUUUGAUUCCAAGCCUGACAAAGAAAAGGUUUCACUUUCUGAGCCUUUAUCGGAAUUUCAUUCCAGGAAAAGCAUUAUAACCUCUGCUGUUUCAAAACAGUUUUUGGCUAAUGAUGUUUUGCCCACUUUUUGUCGGUCAAUUACUGAUCUUCCUCCAGCACUGAUUUCUGAGAUUCUUAACUGCCUUGAUCCGAAAGAACUUGGUAUCGUGUCAUGUGUCUCCGCAACUCUUUAUAAGCAUGCGGCCGACCACCAUGCUUGGAAGGAAUUCUAUUGUGAGAGAUGGGGACUUCCAACACCACCUCUGGGUUUGGGGUAUUCAGAUGAGAAGUCAUGGAAGGAUCUAUUUGUGGAGAGGGAGUUUAGGAGUAAGACUUUUAUGGGACGUUAUAGCACAGAUGUUUUGUAUGGUCACACUGAAGCAGUUCGCACUGUUUUCCUUCUGGCUUCUGCAAAUCUCAUUUUCACGUCAGGCUAUGACACAGUGGUUCGGAUGUGGAACAUGGAAGAAGGUUUGUCCAUAGCAUCCUCACGACCACUGGGUUGCACAAUCCGAGCAGUUGCCGCAGAUACAAAACUUUUGGUUGCUGGUGGUACCGAUGGAUUUAUCCAUGGUUGGAAGGCAGUGGAGCAGCUUCAACACUUGUUUGACCUUAAGGGUUCUCAAAGCCAUAGCUCAGAGUUCCGACUAUGGGAACAUGAGGGACCCAUAACUUCUCUUUCUUUGGAUCUUACAAGGAUGUAUAGUGGAUCAUGGGACAUGACUGUUCGUGUGUGGGACCGUUUUUCAUUGAAGUGCUUAAAGGUUUUGAGGCAUAGUGAUUGGGUAUGGGGACUUGUUCCUCAUGAUACUACAAUUGCUUCUGCAUCAGGUUCAGAUGUAUAUGUUUGGGAUUCCAGUAGUGGGAUUUUGAUGACCAUUAUUCAUAAUGCUCAUGUUGGUAAUACUUACUCUCUGGCACGAAGCCACACCGGAAAUUUUCUUUUCACAGGAGGAGAAGAUGGUACAAUACACAUGUUUGAGAUUACAACUCAUUGCGCUGAGACUACUGUUUUUCAGGUUGCUACAUGGAUUCCACACUCAGGUCCUGUGCAUUCCCUUGCAUUUGAGUUUCCAUGGCUUGUUUCAGCUUCUAGUGAUGGAAAGAUGUCACUAAUUGAUGUAAGAAAGCUGUUAAGAACUAAAAACAGUGCUUCAAGCAAGCGUAUUUCAAGGGGUAAGCAUGUGGACAAGAAUAGCGUGGAGCCCCCACAGAGGAUGUUACACGGGUAUGGAAGCAAUCUGUUUGCAGUUGACAUUGGUGUUGAUCGAAUUGUGUGUGGAGGGGAGGAAGGUGUUGUUAGGAUUUGGAACUUUUCUCAAGCUUUGGAAAUCGAGAAGAGGAUUCGUGCUUUAAGAAGAAUACGGUUAGAGAAUAGGAUAAGGCGGCGUAAGCUCCGAAUAGAGAUGGACAGUAAAGGUCAGACUGAUCAAUGUUCAGUUGCAGCCAAGAAGAACCCAAUUAAUGGUGAUAGGGGUGGUGUUUGGAACAACAAGCGUGGGGUGAGCAGCAAGCUGAAGGCAUAGCAGCAGUAACAAUAACUGUUCACUUCUGGCACCACUGCCCUUCCACUCAUUUAGGUAUUUGAUUCCAUUAUGGUCGACAAUUAAUGGUUUAAGGAGCUCUUAUUAUACUGUCAUAUCUUUGGAUUCUAAACAUGAUUCUCUUAAUUGUACCUCAGAAGUAGCUCUGUUGUAUUCCAUUGGCUGCUUUGCUACAAGUUUAUCAAAUUAUAGUUUUACAUUCUUCUCUA